AUGGUCAAGAUCGGUGAUCUCCUCGCCCAAAUCAGCGGCGGUGAUGAGGGUUCCGCCCCAUCCCCCACACAGAGCCUUCCUCGAUCGAACACGUUACCCAAAAGAAAAGCAGACAGUGAUUCUCGAUCGAGUAUCUCCAAGGCACCCCGAGUCACGACAUUAUCCAGUGCCGUGGCACCACGAACUACUCAGUCCCCCACCACAUCCUCCAGACCGAGCCUUCCAUCACGGCCCUCUGACAGACCGACUCCCUCGCAAAGACCUUCAAGUUCAACAAAUGGGGCCGCCAAACCUAACGUUUUGUCUUCCAAACCCAUGAACGGGGGCAAUAGGAUAUCUAAACCUGCUGCCCCUAAUAGACCUUCACCCGGACCCUCGAGUGCGCCUCCCGCGGCUCGUGGUGUCCCGCCAAAGAAAGGCUCGUUCGCCGAGAUCCUUGCUCGAGCCCAAAAGGCCCAGCAGUCCAUGGGACAGGUGGGCCGAAUUCAGCACAAGAAGGUUGAGGGCGGUAACUUGAAGAAGGUCAAGGAGGAGCCUGCCCCAAAGGCCGACCCUCGAGCCGCCAAGAACAUCAAACAGCGCCCGGCUGCCGCCGCUCCUGCCUCUACAGGCUAUGCCGGCACUGCGAAACCUGGCCAACGAAAUGGGACACCUGUGUCCGGACCCGGAAAGGAUGCUCGCAAUGGUAGACCCCUACCUCCAUCUAAGCCAGAACGUGGUCGAAUGGCCGGUACCAAAGGACCUGCAGUCAAAGCUCCACCGCCAGAAGAAGCCAAGAAGGUCAAGAAGGCAGUGGCGGCAACGACCGGCUACACAGGUACUGCCAGACCUCGACCAGGUGGUGAUGUUGGCAAGAAGAAGGACGUCCCUCGUGGUGGAGCAUUGCUCAGUGCUCCACGAGCUCCCCGUCCCUCACAUUCAAAAUCACGUUUUGAAGAUGAUUAUGACGAAGAUAUGGACGAUUUCAUUGACUACGAUGACGAAGAAGACGAAGGUGGCCCACGGUACGAUUAUGCGUCCGACGCUUCGUCGGACAUGGAAGCAGGGCUGGAUGAUAUCGAUGUCGAAGAACGACGAGCAGAGCAGAUCGCUCGUCGUGAAGACAUCGAAGAGGAACGCCUGGAAAGAAAGCUCAAGGCGGACAAGGAGGCUCGGAAGCGCCAAGCCUUGGAUCAACUUCGUGCCCGACGCUGA